AUCUAUCGGCAAGAAAGGGUGUUUCAGUACAGGUCCUUAAAUAGUCCUGAUGAGCGACAAUAUUUGUGAAUAAGACGCAAUAUUGACGUCAAUGUGUAAAUAAUAAAGCCGUCAACUCAGUCUAAAAGACGGCAGACGCCAGAAUGUUCAACACUAUACUACUCAUGUUAUUCACGCUGUUAAAAGAAGACCUCAAUUGUCUACGAACGAAAGUAUUACGAUUUGGAGAUGAGCCUGAAGGCAAAGUGACCUUUCACACUACACACUCGUGAGUAUUUUGUCUUCUCACACACACACGCACGCACACGUACACGUUUCAUCGGCUGACUUGACCGGAACUGUGAACCAACCAACCAACCAGCCAGCCAGCCAGCAGUUAGCAGCUAGCAGUUAGCGGAGCCAACAUGGAGGAGUUUCUGUCGAGUUGCUGCUCAGCGGUCAAGGCAAACACAGACGCAUCAAGACAGCCAUUCCAUGUGGUUCUGGGAAACGAGGCCUGUGAUUUGGACUCCAUGGUGUCAACCCUCGUAUAUGCCUACUUCCUGUCCAAGACACGUGGCGGCGAGGUGCUCAGCAUCCCGCUGCUGAACAUCCGACAGGCGGACCUGGUUCUUCGUCCGGACAAUGUGUUCCUGCUGCAUCAGAACGGCUUGUCUCCGGACCUCUUGCUCUUCCGGGACCAGCUGGACUUGGGAGCUCUGCAGAGAGCUGGACGGCUCGUCCUCACCUUGGUGGACCACAACAUCCUUCCCAGUUCAGACAGUGACCUGGAGGGGGCAGUGGUGGAGGUGAUUGACCAUCAUCUGCUGGAGCGCGAGCAACGCCCCUCCUGCCCGGUCACCGUGGAGAUGGUGGGCUCCUGCGCCACCUUGGUGACAGAACGCCUCAUCCAGAAAGCUCCGGAGAUCCUCGACCAGCAGCUCGCUCAGCUUCUCUACGCAACAAUCCUGACUGACUGUGUCAACAUGGCGCCAGCGGCGGGCAAGGUGACCCCCAAAGACAGUCAAUACACGGCAGCCCUAGAGGCGCGAUUCCCCUCCAUGCCACCACGGGCCACCCUCUUCCAGGCUCUGCACAACGCCAAGUUUGACGUGUCAGGUCUGAGCACUGAACAAAUGUUGUUGAAGGAUAUGAAAAGUCUGUCUGGAAGUUUCUCUCUCGCCAUGUCGGUCCUCUACCUCCCACUAGAGGUGUUCAUGCAGAGGGCAGAGCUGGAGGUGGAGCUCUCACAAUUCUGUCACAAGUUUGGGUUUGAGGUGCUCGUCAUGAUGAGCAUCUCCUUCACGGAAGGGAAUGAGCCAAUCAGAGAGCUGGCACUGUUCAGCCACAGCGUCCCCUACAGGGAACAGUUGAGCCAGUAUCUGGAACAGGCUGGAAACCCUCCCCUCAACCUCUGUCCAAUCAGCAGUCCUCAUCCUCACAUCACGGCGUAUCACCAAGGAAACGCUUUGGCGUCCCGUAAGAAGCUGCUGCCCCUCGUUAAAGACUUCCUGAGAGCGCGGGAUGGUGAUGCUGAGGAAGAUAGGGAGUCUCUGGUGCCGCCUACGCCCAUGAACAGUCUGGUGGAUGGCUGUCCUCUGGACGCCGGCCUGCCCGCCAUCAGCGAGCGUGCUCUGGAGGAGAAGUUCAGCAAGAUGACUGACAGAAGAACUCCUUGACCCCUGCACACCUGUCAAUCAUCUGAAAAACAUUUUAGUUUUUUUCUUCUCUUGGACUUAAAUUUGACAUUUACAAUUUUAUUAAUAAUUAAAUCUGAGAGUAUUUGACUUUUUACCUCAGAAUAAAUAAACACUAUCUAGUAAUACACA